AUGGCUGAUCCUGUUGCUGAUUUCCUCGCUCGCGAACAAGACAUUAUGGCUGAGAUCGAAGGAGCACCAGCUGAUCCUGCUGCCGUCAAUGUUGUUGAAGCUGAUUUAGUCAAUGAGUUCGGAGAUAUGGCUGUUGUGCCAGAUCCAGUUAGCAUCCAAGGAGGUGACUCAGGUGUUGACCUUAGUGGACUGAUGAACACAAAUCCUCCUGCUGUUAACUCAGGAUCCUUGAGUUCGAAUGGACCAUCCCCUGUACCUGUUCGCGUUGAAGCUGAGAACAUCAGGAGAUGGCGCGAGGAGCAGAAAGUUGUGCUCGCUCAGAAAGAUGAAGCUGAGGAGAAGAAGAAACAAGAGUGGAAGACUAAUGCCACUAAGGAACUCGAAGAUUGGUACAAACAAAGAGAUGCUACCUUGAAAGGAACCAAGGAAGCCAAUAGACAAGCUGAAGCAGAACAUCUUGCUGCCUAUAGUAAUCAACAAGGAGAUGCUGCUCAAUGGGACGAAAUCGUAAAGUUAUGCGAAGCCAAGGCUCAGAAAGGAGGUAAAGAUGUGAGCAGAAUGAAGAGUAUGAUCCUUCAUCUCAAGGAACAACAUGCCAAAUAA